ACGUAGACAGCCCUCUGGUUCAUAGCCUCUUAAGUUUGAUUUAAAGCAAGUGGGAGGUCAAACAUUAAUCAAGUCCAGCUGAAUGUCUUCUUCUUAAACCCAGUGUCUACUCCUCAUAAGUCAGGAAACAGCAGGCUUUCAGUUGCAGAAUGCAGUGUGUAUGCUUUGCACAGUGUGUGAGGAGACUGUGGCGUCCAGCACAAGCGCGCCGGCUUCUUAAAGUGACAGAGCUGCACAGAUCUGUACGUCAGCUGCAACACACAAAGAGAAAUCAGUGUCAGGUAAUGGAGGACAACAAGCCGUGGGCUCUGAUCUCAGAGGUGGGCGACGAAGGUUUCACCGAAGAUGUCACUGACAUUCUGAGGAGACACUUCCAUAUCGUCCCCCACAAGGACCUGCUUCAAAACCCCCUGCUGUACGGGCCUAAAAUCCAGGCCAUGUUUCUGUGGAACGCACUUCCACUGGUCGAGCCCUCGUUGCUCAGCUCGCUUCCCUCGCUGAAGGUGGUCGUCAACGGAGGGGUGGGCAUCGACCACCUGGACGUGCCGUACAUCAACAGCGUCGGAGUGAAGGUGACCAACACGCCUGGCGUGGUGAGCGACGCCACCGCGGAUAUGGCGCUGGGUCUGCUUCUGGCAUCAGCUAGGACUAUUCUUGAAGGUCACCGAAUCGCUGUGGACCCCAAGACCACCCGUAUACCACAAACGCUGAUUGGAGUUGAAGUCUCGGGGUCGACUAUGGGGAUUAUUGGAAUGGGACACAUUGGUCACAAAAUUGCUCAAAGAGGCAAAGGAUUUGACAUGAAGAUCCUGUACCACAACAGGAGUAGGAGGAGUGUUGAGGAUGAGCAGGCAGUCGGGGCGACUUACUGUAAGAACAUGGACGACCUGCUGAGAGAGUCGGACUUCGUGGUGCUGGCGGUCAAUCUCACCCCCGAGUCCAGAGGCCUGAUCAGCCACAGAGAGCUGUCCCUCAUGAAACCCACCGCAACGCUGGUCAACAUCAGCAGAGGUCUGGUUGUGGACCAGGACGCUCUAGUGAAAGCUCUGCAGACUGGGACCAUUCGCGCGGCAGCGUUAGACGUGACUCACCCUGAACCUUUACCGAGAGAUCAUCCUCUUCUCAGCCUUCCUAAUGUGCUGAUCACCCCUCACAUCGGCACCAACACUUACACCACAAUCCGAAAGAUGGUGCAGAUGAUGGUAGAAAACGCUCUGGCUGCACUGAAAGGUCAACCUCUUCCCAAUGAAGUCAAGCCAAAAUGACCUCACUCACUGAUGGUACCCCAUCUGUCAGGAGUAAAAAGUGUUUGAUCUUUUAACAUUUCUUUUUCAAGAAGUAGGUUUGGUUGUGUGUUGUUCUGUCUAAUAAUCUGCCAUAAUCGGUGCUAAAAACAUGAUUAAUUAUGCUAUGUUACGGUAAUUAAUGUGUCUGUCUGUAAACAGUGUUGAGGAUAAGUUCAUGGGUGAUCUCAACGUUUGAUGGUAGCUUCGCAGCUUUGUUUUGAUUGAACGACUGUUACACUAAGAUUCAAAAUUUGUGAACCACGUUUUGAAUAGUAAAACUACGUCAAAUGUAA